AUGGCAGCCGCAAAACAAAUAGAUGAAUACGUUUAUCUUGAUUGGUUAGAUAAGGCAAUAUCAGAAAAAUAUAUUAAAUAUUAUAGUUACGAUAAAUUCACUAAUAGGGAAGAAAUCUGCAGUUGUUCCUAUGGAAACGUUUCUCGUGCAAGCUGGGGAGAUUCCGGUACUAUCAUGGCCAUAAAAUAUUCACAUAACUUAACCAUUAAAGAAAUCGUUAAUGAG